AUGUCUCGAAACGUCGCACUUUCCGUCGCCGUCGCUGCUCUCUUAUUCUUAUUUACCUUCGCUCAUGCUCGUGCUCCGUUGGAUCAGCCGGAAAAUGACGUUACCAGCCGCGAUGAUCGUUUAGCCGACUUACCUGAGUCUGAUCCCAAGGCCACCGCCACCAUCGUCCUCCCAAGUGAGAAACCUGAAUCCAAAUCAGCUAACGUCGUGAAGCUUGAGUCGGAAGAAACAGAAUCCACCGAAUCCAAAUUGCCCGGAAAGGAAAUUGGCACAUCGGAGUCUUUCCACGAGAAAUCAGAGACCGAGACAACUGUGACGGUGCCAUUGACGCUUAUCACUUUCCGUCCCAUCAACCGCCACUUCCUUCGACGUCCAUUGAUCCCGUUUCGUCGUGGCCAUCGAUGCCGUGGCCGCUACCAGCACCACAACCAGUUAAAGCCAUGGGGCGGUCUACGUUUUAAAAGCCCGCGGGAGGUUUACUUCGGCAACGACAUGAUUCUUUCUGGAGGUAAGGAUCUUGGUUUAGCUGGGCCUCGUCAGAUCCCAGUGAGAUGGACCAGGUUUAACCACGGCGGGAACAGGUUCUCAUUCGUCAACGACGAGUCGAGGAGAGAGGAGAUGAUCAAGAGGCCUCACCACCACCAACACCACCGCCACCACCACGAGGAGGAGGAGGAAGGAGAAGAGAGAGAGCAUGAGGGUGCAUUUAUGAAGGGGAUUCGCAAGUUCUUGAACCAUUUUUGAGAGCCAUCAAUGGUGAUAAGAUCUAUUUAAUUUAUGGUUUUUUUUUUCCUUUAAAUUUCUGGGUUGUUAUUACUUUCGUAAAUAAGUCGGCAUCUGUAUAAGAUGUGCAAACCUCUAUAUUUGUGCCUAGGACGUUAGAUGUUAUAUGCAUGAAGGUGAUGAGAUUGUGUACCAGAUUACAUGUGCACUAUUUAGGUGUUGUAUACUGUAUUAUAUGCUACUUUAUGGAUGUUUGGAUUAGAUA